AUGGUUAUCAAUCCCAUGGAUAUAUGUCAAAUGGGUCCGCCUGAUGGGAGAUUUUGCGGAUUCAAGGUUAUGUACACAUAUAAUAAGGAAACCUAUCAAUGUGACGAAUUCUGGUUCCCCGGAUGCACUACGGCUGACACAAAUGCAAAUCUUUUCAGUGAUUACAACUCUUGCGAUAAACUUGCCGAAAUGUGUAGGCGAUCUUCGAUCACUACAACCCCUUCACCUACACCAGCUCCGUUCACAUUCUUCCCUCCACCGCCAUCAACCACAUCCUCACCAUCUCCGUUCACAUUCUUCCCCCCACCACCGUCGACCACUUCUAUGCCAACCACUAGCUGGUCACCACAGCCACCACCUACUUCUCCUAUACCAGGCCUUGGGUUUUUGGGUGAAAAGCGAAGGCCAGGGCCUAGGGGCCGCUUCAUUGGAGGAGGAGGUGGUAUGGGAGGCGGAGCGGGAGGAAUGGGUGGAGGGGGGAUGGGAAGUGGCGGAGGUCCUUUUGGGACAUUUCCUGGAUUGGGAAGUGCCCUGGGUGGUCCUUCACCAACUAUAACUGCCGGUAAUGGGGAUGAACAAGAUCUUGGUCUGUUGGGACUUAUUCAACAAGGGCUCCAGAAUGCACAGGCUAUUCGGAAAGGAGGCCCUGAAGGGAAACAGGCCGCUGCAGCUGCUGCUGGCCAAAUCCUUCAGCAAUUCACUGGCUUCGAUCUCAACAAUCUGGGUGGAAAUUUCGGGAACAUAUUCGGCGGAUAA